AUGGAUGUAUGCGCAGGAAAGUUGUGUAACAAUUUGCUUAUAGGUUUAGAAAAAGACUGUGCAGAUCUUUACAAAAAAGGUGAAACAAAGAACGGAGUUUAUCAAAUUGAUCCAGAUGGCCAGGGCACAUUCAGUGUCUUCUGUGAUAUGACGUCUGCUGGUGGAGGUUGGACCGUGUUUCAACGUCGUCAAGAUGGAAGUGUAGACUUUUAUCGAGAUUGGAAAAACUAUACACAAGGAUUUGGUAAUCUUGCUUCUGAAUUGUGGCUUGGAUUGGAUAAAAUAUACCGACUAACAUCAGCCAAGAGAAAUAAACUUCGUGUUGACCUGGGAGACUGGUCAGGAAACAAAGCAUAUGCUGAAUAUGAUUUUUUUGCUGUAAAGAAUGAAACACAUAAAUAUCAGUUGAGUCUUGGUGCACAUUCUGGAACUGCUGGAGAUUCAUUAUCUUAUCAUAAAGGUAUGGCAUUUACCACAAAAGAUUCAGAUAAUGAUAAAAGUAGUGGAAACUGUGCCACUAGCUACAAAGGUGCUUGGUGGUAUAAAAGUUGUCAUAUUUCUAAUCUGAAUGGACACUAUUAUAGUGGCAACCAAAACAAUUACAAAGGUUUGAAUUGGCAACAGUGGAAAAGUACUAAAUCCUUAAAGUUCACUGAGAUGAAAACAAAACCAUAAAGAAUUUCCAAA